UUGUUUACAUUCAUUUCCUGUUGGUUGUUUUGCAUUGCAGUGUCGUUUUUAAACGUAAAAAAUGACUGAAGCCAUUCUAAAAGAAAAUAUUAAGCGUCGUGGUACCUGUAAGGCUCAGUUGACUAAUUUUAAUACCUAUUUGAGUGAAUUACCAGAAAAAUUAACUCCUCAUCAAAGGUUUGAGCUCGAGCUGCGUAUUUCGAGGUUGGAAUUAGUGUUUAACGACUUCCAUGACGUGCAAUUACAGAUCGAAUGUGCCCAUGAAGAAGCUGCCGAGCAAUACUCCCAGCGGAAUACUUUCGAGGCAACGUACUACAGCAGCAUCGCUCGCGCCCAGCUCCUGCUGAGCGAGGCGGAGGGUCCUGCAGGCAGGAGUAGUAAGUCACCACCAGCCGAUAUGCAGGUGACGGAUAUGAAGCGCACAAAGCUCGGACCAAAAUGACUUAUUGCCACUCACACCUGGCCACUUCAUCAUCGGGCGAAGUAUGACGGCGAUCCCAGAAGAAGACCUUACUUCACGCACCAGAUUAGUGGACAGAUACCAGAAGAUUAAACAGCUUCGCCAGCACUUCUGGGCACGUUGGCAACUAGAAUAUAUAAGUGAGCUUCAGAUCCGAACUAAAUGGAGGCAGUCGACGAACGGGCAACUAGAGAUUGGGACCCUCGUCGUUAUCAAAGAUAAGCAACAACCUCCAAUAAAAUGGCUCCUAGGGAGAAUACAACGAGUCUUCCCAGGGCGCGACGGCGUUACCAGAGUCGCAGAGAUUCAAACUGCCACUGGAUUGCUGCGCAGAGACUUUACCAAGAUCUGCCCCUUACCCGUGGACACUACAGUUGAAGACGACACUUCAAGGUCCGCCGGCAUGUCGCGUACCACUCCAACAGGGCGACCGCGGGGUGAGGUGACAGCGGGGAGCAGCCAUCUUCGGGAUUGACUUACUUACUAGCCACCGCGGCCAUGACUCGGCUCUUUACAUUUUUGUAUAUUUUUUUAUAAUUAAAAUCAUAGUAACAAU